GGUUCGCGCUCGCGGCGAGGGGAGGGGGCGCAGCGCGAUGGGCGAGAGCACGAGCCCCAUCAGCGUUAUUCUGGUCAGCUCGGGCAGCCGCGGAAACAAGCUGCUCUUCCGCUUCCCCUUCCAGCGGGGCCCGGAGCACCCGGCCGCCCGGGCCGAGCCUGCCUGCCUCUCCUGUGUCUGAGGGCGAGAUGUUGGUGGGCCCUGAGCUACAGGGGGGGCCCCAGACGUUCCCUCCACGGCGACGACAGCCCCUGGGGCCACCCAGGCGAAUGGUAAACCAAGGAGCCAAUAUGCCGUGAACAGUGCAGGUGAUAAUAGAGAGGACCAAGAAGGAGACUCUAGGUUUUCAGAUGUGAUCCUGGCAACAAUUUUGGCUACAAAAUCAGACAUGUGUGGCAAAAAGUUUGAGCUGAAGAUUGAUAAUGUUCGUUUUGUUGGCCAUCCUACGUUGCUGCAGCACGCCCUGGGACAGGUAUCCAAAACUGACCCCUCACCAAAGAGAGAGAUGCCUACCAUGAUUCUCUUCAACGUUGUAUUUGCCUUAAGGGCCAAUGCAGACCCAUCUGUGAUAAACUGCUUACAUAAUCUCUCCCGUCGAAUUGCCAUAGUUCUACAGCACGAGGAACGUCGUUGCCAAUAUCUGACCAGAGAGGCCAAGCUGAUCUUAGCCAUUCAAGAUGAAGUAUCUGCCAUGUCAGAAACAACAGAAGGUCCACAGUCUCCUUUCCAUCACAUCCUACCCAAGUGCAAGCUGGCCAGAGACCUCAAGGAGGCUUAUGACAGUCUCUGUACAACAGGAGUGGUGCGUUUGCAUAUCAACAACUGGCUAGAAGUGAGCUUUUGUCUGCCUCAUAAAAUCCAUUAUGUUGCAACAAAUUUUAUACCCCCUGAAGCAAUUGAAAGAAGCCUGAAAUCUAUUCGGCCUUACCAUGCCUUAUUGCUUCUGAAUGAUGAGAAAUUGUUGCUUAGUGAGCUCCCAUUGGACUGCUCCCCUGCCUUAGUGAGAGUAAUUAAAACUACCUCCGCUGUGAAGAAUCUGCAGCAGCUGGCUCAGGAUGCUGAUUUGGCAUUACUACAGGUUUUCCAGCUUGCUGCACAUCUUGUUUAUUGGGGAAAAGCAAUUAUCAUCUAUCCACUGUGUGAAAACAAUGUCUAUAUGCUGUCCCCCAAUGCCAGUGUUUGUCUAUAUUCUCCUUUAGCAGAUAGAUUUUCCUGUCAGUUUCCUGGCCAUGAUUUGCCAUCUGUGCUUUCCAAGUUCUCACUCCCAGUUUCAUUAUCAGAAUUCAAGAAUCCACUGGCUCCACCUAUUCAGGAGGCAAGCUCAGCUACCAGACUGCUGCACCAAACAGCACAGUUUGGGGAGGAGACUCAGCUUAUACAGAUGGUGAUCUGGAUGCUUCAGCAUCGGCUUCUUAUUCAGCUGCAUACGUAUGUCUGCCUGAUGGUGUCCCCUAUUGAGGAGGAUUUCCGAGCCCAAGAUGAAGACAUGCCCUUUACCACUAGAGUUGGAGGCAGAAGUCUGAGCACUCCCAAUGCCCUCAGCUUUGGUUCCCCAACCAGUAGUGAUGAUAUGACACUCACGAGCCCUAGCAUGGAUAAUUCCAGUGCUGAGCUGAUACCUGGUGGGGAUUCGCCAUUAAAUAAACGGAUGACUGAGAACCUGCUAGCAAGCUUGUCAGAACAUGAGCGGGAAGCUAUUCUUAAUGUCUCUGCUGCCCAGAACCCAGAGGAUCUCCGCAUGUUUGCAAGGCUGCUACACUAUUUUCGAGGACGCCAUCACUUGGAGGAGAUCAUGUACAACGAGAAUAUGCGCCGUUCUCAGCUGCUAAUGCUUUUUGACAAAUUCCGCAGUGUGCUGGUGGUAACCAACCACGAGGAUCCUGUGAUUUCAGUUUUUCAGUCCCUCUUGAAAUGAUAGCCUGGCAGAGGAGGAGGCAGCUAUGCCACAUUGGGUUUCUAUUCAGCUUAGUUCUAAUAUUUUAUUAAUAUGUAUACAGACAAUAAAGAGAAUGGGUAUCAUUAA